UACUGGUACUAGUUUGUUGUAAUCCAAGAACACCUUGUAAUCUGUUAAGGACUGCACAGUGCCUUUGUAGGUCAAAUUCAGAAUGGCUGCCUUUUCUAAAAGUAUUUAUGCUACAAAGUGUCUCAAAAGUUUAAUGGGCAGUGUACUCUCCAAUGUUUUUUCACCGUGCAAGCGCACUUCUCAAACGCCUUCAAUUUCACCAACGGUAGUGUCCAUGAGCUUUUUGUAGCUGAAGGAUUUUUAUUAUUUUGGAUCUCCUACGACUGGUGGUGUAGGUGAGUCUCCAUGAUGCUCUUUGCUAACACUCAGUGCUAAUGCUAUAUGACGGCUAGCUGCAGCCCAAAACUGUUCAAUUCCAAAUGUUGUCAAAGCGAAGUUUGUAUUUGUUGAUUGGGUACAUGUUAGCUGGACUUGACACAAGAAAGUGGCAACAAUAAUAAAAUAAAUUGUUUGUGGAGUCUAGAAAUUUACAUCAUUGGCUCUGCCUUGCUAGUGAAUAAUUUGGACAUGAAACUCUUUGCUAAAAUGUCAAUAAUAAUAAACAUAGAAAAAAUAUAUAUAUUUUACUGUCUCUUGUCAUUUCCAGCUAAACGACGCCUGUUUACCUUUGACACAAAAUGUUGCUACCGUGCUAUGUUACUAUAGUUUAUGUUUUACAUGAUGUUGGUUGAUUUCAUGUUACAUUUAUAAAACAGCAAACAUGUUUAAAAUGUUCCUUAAACAUUUCCUGGACAGUUUUAAUAAAAUGUUUCAUGAUUAUGACAGUUUGGAGCAAAUUGUACUUCGUUUUUAAAAAAAAAAAAUUUUUGUUUUCAUGGUAAUAAUUUCUCAUGCUACGUACACUGGCUAGCCCUGAUCUGUACUUUACUCAAGGGAACCAAAGUGGUCCAAGCAGACAUCAGUAGUGCCAGCUUCAUUUUUGGUCUUCAACCUGCCAAGUUGGCGCCCCCAAGCCAAGUUCUAACAGCUAGUGCGGCAAUGCCCCAGCGGGCAACAAACUCAGACUUAGUGACCCCCCCCCCCCCACACCUCUGAAAGCAGGACUUCAAUUACAUGGCUGAGUGGUGCUUUUAGGGCCCAACAAAAGGCAGAUCCGGCUGGUUGGCAUGGCAACAGAGGCGGGAGAGGAGAUCUCUAGACACACAGUCACUAAGCCAAGCAUUACUUUGUGAAUAUUCGCACACAGACGGACAAGAAGGUUGAUGUUAAACCUGCUCUUUGACAUCAUGGACGCACAGAGCUAGUUUGGUUCGGCUCACACUUUACAAUCAAUGUCUGGACAAGGAUGUGGGCUGACCAGUGAAGAUUCUUCCAGUUAUCGCCACCAUGUCCAUCGUGACCAAUCAACCUCUUCCCUAUGGCCGACUGGAACGAGAGAAUCACAUUCGCAUGAUAUUCCGAGCCUUCCAAAACAAAUGCGGUCCCGUGUGUGAGUGCCACUCUCACCCACCCGCAUGCAAAUCUCUCCAAAUGUCCGGUAAGCCCGUUCCGGGUCUGCUGAGGAGCGAGGACGGUGCGGGAGGGUCAUCCAACUCUUUGAGUGUGCUGGAUGAAGUCACUCAGUUUCAUGUCACUGCAAGGCCACAACUUCAGGGUCCACAGUGUGUUCCACAGAGGAUCUACAGCAUUGCCACGGGAGCCAGCAGGUCGCAACUGUUUGUGGUGGUGGAAGAGAGUUCAUGCGUGUGCCUUCAAUGUUGUGGUCCAGCUCGGUCUUGCUCCUUGCAGGGCUUCGACCAACAAGGCCACCAGGUUUUCUACUUCGACAGACCUCUCAGGAUGGACGCCUGCUGCCUCGGCUGCUGCCUGAUGGAAAUGAGCGCAUACACGGGCCAGAAGCAGCUCAUCGGCACCGUGUACCAAAGGUGGAGCAUGUUCACGCCUUUCUUUGAAGUCAAAGACUCCCAGGGAACGGCUGCAGUCCAAAUUCAGGGCCCCUGCUGCCCAAUUCGCUGCUUGUCAAAUCAGCAAUUCCAGAUUGUCUCCAAUAUCGGUGAGAAUGUCGGUACCAUAUGGAAGAAAUGGCCUGGCUUUCACCAAGAUCAUAACAUGGACCAUGAAUAUUUUGGGAUGGAAGUGCCACCUGGCAUGGAUUCACAAACCAAACUGUUGCUCCUCGCAGCCACAUUCUUACUGAAUUACAUGUUCUUUGAGAUGAGCUGAAGGACGAUAAUUUAUAGGUAAAAUGUCAAAAUGAUGUUGACAGGACUGUAUGUUAUUUAAAAA